UCUCAAUGGUACUCGAGUUAAGAUGGAUCAAACUAUGCAUACUGGUUACUAUGAGGAUAUCUUCACUGGCGAGUGUUGCGCACCUGACAGUAGAAAAAGGCGAUCUGAAGGAAUCAACGAUGAUGGUCCCUUUGUUAUCUCGUAUGAGAUUUCCGUCAGCAAUGAUGGUGUUGCCUAUGGUGAAAUCAACACCGUCUUUGUCUAUGAUACUACAUGUUUGAAACAAAGUUCAAGUCAAGAGAAUAUCACCAUUUAUCUGAAGGAUGGCUACUGCUUUAUCAACGGGAUGUGUGUAGGUCGUAACUUUUUGUCAGCGGUCGAUUGUUUACUUUGUGACCCAGAGUCAAACCUUUACGGAUGGACGAAUGGUACCUGUGAAGAGGGAGAUUCACAAAUGAUAACAGAAAUGAUAAUUGGAAUUGCUGUUGGGUGUACUGUUGUUGUUGUCGUUAUUAUUUCAGUCCUUUUUGGUUACCGUGUGUGCUGCAAGAGAUCAAGAAAAAAACGACAAGUUCACGACUCCAGCGUAAGUCUUCAAACAAAAGUGUCAAGUAUACAAGCUCUUCCCGGAGAUCUUCCUGGAGCCCUUCCCGGAGCUGGGAAAACCUCAUUCAUGUAUUACAAACACAAAAUAUAAGUAAACAUUAUUUAAGACGAUGUGAAGUUCUGAACACUUACAGGUUUAAGAACAACUAAAAUUUCGUUUUAUUUAGCUGAAAAUACACUGAUAUCAUGCAAAGUUAUCAUCAUGGUACGAUGUAUACAAUUCAUGCGAACGUUCUCAAUGGCUUUAUCAUUACAGAUUUCAACACAUGCAAUUCAUUUGUUUGAUGAUGAUUAGCAAAGGCAUGUCAUGUCAAAACUAAAAUUCAUUUGAAAAAGCUUUUAAAGUAUUAAAAUAAAAUUAAAUAUGUUUUCUAAACAUUUAGUGUGCCAUUGCAAACCGCAUUUUACAUUUGGAAACACAACAUGAUGUUUUACAAAAGAAAAAUGUACAACGACAAACUAUAUUGUGUUUGAAAUCUUUUUCAAAAAAGUGACUUUUCAAAUGUACAUAAGUAUAAUUUGUAAACCGGGUUGGCAAAAAGCAACGGGUUGAAGCAAUGUUAAACUAUUGAUAUAAUUUUUCCAAUAAAAUAAAUAAGAAUUAACAGAAUGAUUUAACUUAAUUUUUUAUCAGGAUUAUGUAUCAUGCUCUUGUCAUUUAAAUUGUCUGAAAUAAUCUUUUGUGAAAUAUCAAUGUUGAUAGUAAGAUAUCAACCGUUGCCAAAAUCAUAAUAUAAGGCAUGUCCCUUAGGUCAGGAAUGGUCUCACUUUUAACAUUUGAAGCAAAAGCUAACAUAGCAAGAAUACAAGUAUUCUAAAUGACUUAAAAUGACUUAAGUAUAAGGAUGAGAACGAUAAACCUUCAAAUAUUAAAUUUCUAUCCUGCUUCUAAAUAGAGUAUAUGAGUUUUCUGUACAUUUGACUAGUAAUUAGUUAUUUUUUCGAGAGGGUAAGAGACUUUGGUAAUGUAAAAUAUUGUUAAUGUAGUUAUAUGACUUUUUGUAAAAUAUCAUCUAUUAGUGAUAAGAGAAGUGCAAAUCGAAUCCUACAUCAAUGACACGUUAUUUUAAACCUUUACCAUCGUUGUUUAUUGAUGCUUUGCUUUCAAAAGAAUUUUAUCUUAAAAUAAGCAUUCCAUAUUAUAAUAAAGUCGACAACGGAUUUUUAAGGGUACUCUUCAAAGUAUCUGUUACAUUAAACGGUUGUAUAUGUAAUAUGUUGUAAAUAUGUUAUUGUAUCAGUUGUUGGUUUUUUAUAGUGCUUUAUUGUAUUUUUCUUGUUUCAUUGAAUAAAAGUGUGUUUGAUUUGAUUCAUUUUUCCCUUCAACUGAUCAAGCUUUUAGUUUACGAA